AUGAAGUCAGUUUGGGUGGUGCUGAUUGUCAAGGCAGCUUUUCUGGGCAUCCUACUCUUCAUAUCAAUUCUGUUGGUUGUUAAUUCAGAGUAUGGACUUCCAGAUUCAGAAAACAAUGAGGUAAAUUGCGCAAUCAAGCCAUCUUACAAAACACUUGUUACCUUUGUCACCAUGUAAUAUACGUAUAUUUAGGUGACUGCUUUCAUGUUUGUUUUUUGCUCAAUCUUGUUUUUAGUUGACUGUAAUUUCCUUCACGGAAUCCGUUACAAUUUUCAUAAUCACCGUCGAGUUUGCUCUCUCGGUCUCCUCGUUUCUUCGAGGGGUCUACAUCUAUCGCAAAGACAAGAUCAUUCGUCGAGAAAUUGCUGUGUGUAGGUCGCAUUUGUCUCGAAGAAUAUACUAAUCUCCCCAGAUCUGACAUUCGGCUUGGUUGUCGGCGUUAUUUAUUUUUAUUAUCGCUACUUGGGGACCGAGGAAACAAAGAGAUUAUGGGUGUGGACGGGUCUCUUGUUGGUUGUGGUUGUUGUCCAGAUCGGAGAGAGAGUUCAUGCUCGCCAUGUACUCAGGCGAAUCAUCGAUGAGACCAUCUUCUUGAAUCAACGGGCCGGGAAUUUCAUCGAUGAAGAGGGGGCUGCGGCUUUGUAUGAGAUCCAGGUAAGGAAAGUGAUGUUAAAACAAGGCGGGAGUUUUCUGCAACGGCCUCUAACAACAUGAAAACGGCUCAUCAGGGGCAAUUUUACAGCCCAAGAGUCUGUGGAUCAAAAACACUUCUACGAAACGCAAUUGUUCUAAAUAAGCCAAUCUUUAGGUUGCUUCCUACUGUAUUUAUUCGCGUACAUUCUUUAUAGUUACGUCGGAAAGUCUUUGCCCGUUACGGCUCCUCACCUUACGAAAGUUCCAUUAAGAAUGUGCUGCAUGUUGAAUAUCAUCAACUGAUGGUAUUCGCAGCUCAUUUGGAGAGAUUGGCCCGCAGAGAAGAUAAGAAUUUAUUUGUUUUGGAUGAGAUUCGAAGGGAAAUGAUUUGCCAUGUAAGAAGCUUCGGAUUAUCGGAUAAGGAGACCGAGAAAUGGAGGAAGAUUGCUGAUGCCCCGCUGCUGAUUUUCCCGGAUAUCGAUUAG